GCUGCCAAUACAUCUCGCGCCCUGGACCAAAACGAUGAUUACAUGCGAUAUGGUCGGCAGAUGAUCAUCCCAGAGUUUGGCCUGCCAGGUCAAGUGACACUACAACGAUCAUCGGUUGCAGUGGUUGGUGCUGGCGGUUUGGGCUGUCCUGCCCUGCAGUACCUAGCCUGUGCAGGAGUAGGGACUCUCGGCGUUUUCGACGGCGACAUUGUAGAGCUGUCGAACCUUCAAAGACAAGUUUUGCAUACCGAGGCUCGUCUCGGCAUGAAUAAGGCUGAGUCCGCCGCUAAAGCCAUUCAACAGAUUAACUCCAGGAUUAAAGUCAAUGUUUAUCCGCAUCACCUUAUAUCCAGCGAUGCAGCGUCACUACUGGCCGCGUACGAUGCAAUCUUGGACUGCACCGACAACGCACCUACGCGUUACCUAUUGUCUGACACCGCCGUUCGCCUGAGGAAACCGCUCGUAAGUGGUGCUGCUCAGAUGCUAGAAGGCCAGCUAUGCGUCUACAACUUAGACAAUACUGGACCCUGCUAUCGUUGCCUCUUCCCUAAACCUCCUCCUGCUCAAGCAAUGGGAUCAUGCGAGGAGACAGGUAUACUCGGUGUCGUCACUGGUAUCAUUGGCAGCAUGCAAGCUCUGGAAACGAUCAAAAUCCUUACUGGACGCCAUGACGGCAAACCGGUCCUUCUAAUAUAUUCGGCCCUCGGGAGCCCUCCUUUGCGCCCCAUCAAACUCCGAUCGCGCUCUCCAAGCUGCAUCGCAUGCGGCUCGUUCCCAUCUGCAACACCGGAAAGUGAUUAUGUCGCGUUUUGCGGUGGUCCGACUCCAAAUUGGGUUUCGGAAGGGUUGAAUCCAGGCGAUGCAGGGUCGAGGAUCACAGCAUCAGAGUUGGGUGAGGCACUUCGCGUGAAACCCGACAGCACCGUGAUCGACGUACGCCCUCCCACGGAAUUCGGCAUAUGCCACUUACCAGGCUCUACGAAUAUACCCCUGAAAGACAUCGCAAGAAUAGGGGAAGCCGUCGAGAAUCGCUCGCCCAAGUCCCCGAUAUUUGUGGUCUGCAGGCUGGGAAACGAUUCACAGGUGGCAGCCUCGAAGAUUAAGGAAUUGUGUCCAGAUGCCGUCGUCAAGGAUGUUAUCGGGGGUCUAAGGAGCUGGUCCAAAGAGGUCGAUCAAACCUUUCCUAUAUACUAGUAAUAUAACAUGCAAUGUCGAUAAGGACCUAUGGUACACUGAGUUCAUCGGUCAUAGUGCGCAAGACCGUCAAGCCCAUCAGUUGUUCACUUCUUGCUAAGCUUGAGCCACUUGGGUAUUUUCUUCUCCCCUGAGUUUGAACUGGACCCCUGGCCCGAUUGCGCUGCAGGCAGCGGUCGUGUUGUCUGUCUAGACGUGGAAUCAUUGUUUUCCCUGUCGAAGUCAGGCGGAGAGGGAAGAUCGAUGGCCUGCGCUAGCACUUCGUCUGCUAGUGGCGCAGGUACGUUGACAUGAUUCAACGCGUCAUCGAAGAACUUGAUAUAGAGAACGGACGAGGGCGACAAAUGUAGGUCGUAAAGAGACAAAUCGCGCACUGCCGGAUCGGACACCUUGAGUUCACGCUUGGGCGGGGUUUGAUAAAGGACGAACUUGAUAGGUUUGACGUCCUCCCUCAGGCAGCUCCGAACGAAAGCAUAAACAGGCUUGAUUUUGAAGGACGAUGGAAAUGUUUUCUCGAGCUGCGUCCUGUCCAUGAACCUGAUUCUAAUCGUUGUGUUCGGCCACCGUUCCUUCUUCGGUUUUUCCUUCUCGUCUCGGAGAGCUUUUGUCAGAAGCGGAGCAUUGUUCAGGGCUUGAGAGCGAGCGGCCAGCGAUGAUUGCGCAGCUUUCAGAUCCGCCGCGGUAGGGGUAAAGUAUGACUCAGGAAGAUUCUCUAAGGGUAAGGUGGCAGCAUCACGAGGCGGCCGGUAAAGCUUGAAAUCCGUGGGCGUAUCCGAGGAGCUCGACAUGGCUGAGACAGAUGAGGGUCCCGGAGAGUCUAAAGAGUGCUCUUGAGGGAGUGCAGAAUUAGGUGGUACCGACAUCGUCGAAGUGUUCUUAUGGUAGGGGUAUAGCC